ACUCGCCGCCGUUGUUACGUAAUCAGAAGGUUAAACAAGACUAGCUUGAAGUAAGCUAACAGCUAACAUACACACUACAAAAUUCAGGUGAACCGUAAACAAGAGAAGCCCAACAGGAUGGCCAGUGUGCUCUGCAGCAGAGCUCGACUGGUGACGUACCUACCAGGGCUUCAUGUUCUAGUUCAUCGUGUUGUUGGAGCAAGAAGUUUCUCUGGGGCGUCAGGAUCAGAUGAGCCACACCUGAACACCUCAACUCCUGACAUUGCACCAAGGACUGUGUGGCCGGAUGAGAGCAUGGGCCCAUUUGGACCUCAGGAUAAACGUUUCCAGUUGCCGGGUAAUGUGGGUUUUGACUGUCAUUUGGAGAGUCCAGUGGAGCAGAGAACCACUUCGGUCCAUAGUGUGAUGCCAGAUGUGCUCACUGCUCAGUCCAACAACCAGAGACAUGACUUCAUCCUGGCCCAGUUCAUCAAUGAGCUUCAUGAGGAUGAUAAAACGUCUACAGCACAGAACAUGGAUAAAGCAGAGCAGUUUUUUGAUCAUUCCAGUGUGGAGUGUGCCAUUCAGUCUUGUCCUGAAUUGUUAAAGAGAGAUUUUGAGUCCAUGUUCCCUGAGGCUCCCUCAACUGGCAUGAUGGUGGUCACUGUGACACAGAGGACGCAGAACGACAUGACUGCCUGGACUGAGCAAGUGGACCAGGAGAGAGAAGAACUGCUGGCUAAAUUUAUUGAAGGUGCAAAGGAGAUUUGCCACGCUCUCCGAAAUGAAGGAUUCUGGGCCGAUUUUAUAGACCCAUCAUCUGGACUUGCAUACUUCGGCUCAUACACAAACAACACGCUCUUUGAAACCGAUGACCGGUAUCGACAUUUAGGCUUUCAGAUUGAGGACCUGGGGUGUUGUAAAGUGAUUCGGCAUGUGAUGUGGGGGACACACGCUUUUGUAGGUACUCUUUUCACCUCGGCUCCACCCAACAGCCAGAUCAUGAAGAAGCUACAAGGGGACCUGAGUUAAAGAUGCUGGCUCAUCAUGGGAACACUAUGAAAUAUCAAACCAAACCUCACCUUUGAGCUGACUAGCACAAUCAAUAACACUUACAGCUCACAAAUACACCUAAUGAUGCUGUCUAAUGAACAUUGCAGGUAAUGAGUAUUUAUUUUUGUAAAAUAAAAAGCACUUGGGGGACUUUAUUGUAGGUGUGUGUGCUAAAGAGGGAGGAUCAUUGUGUUAUUUGUCCAGCAGCUCUCUCUGUUGCCUUUCCUGUUCCACAGACCUCAAAAGAAUUGAAAUGUGUGACAUAUUGCUGUAUAUAAAAAUCCAAAUUUGGUGAAUGUGAAUUGGUUGUUGAUAGUGGUUGUUUGUCCAUUAACACAAGUGAAAUAGAGCUGUGAUUGAGUUUAAUUUAGUGUUGUAAGCUUUCUUCAUUGCUUCAUGAUGGGCACAAUAAAUAAUUAAAGAGAGUA